GGCCUUUGUCAUGUGACCAGGAAGUGGUGAAACAAUGAUCAACUGAAACCUACGUUGGCAUCGGGUGUGAGGACAAACAUCUGGAGCUGAUGAUGAAACAAUCAGCUGCGCUAACACUAUUAUUCCUGAUUAUCCAUGUGUUCACAGCAUACUGUGAUGAGAAAGUGACCCUAAGUGCUCCAGCUACUGUUGAUUUAGAAGAGGGGUUCUCGAAAAAUAUCACCAUCACAGCAAGUUCUCCACUGAAUGUUACUGCGAGCAUCUAUUUUAACGUUACAUUUCACUCCAAAAAUGUCUCUUCGAUCGUUGGUCUUCCAGAAGAGGUUGUUUUGCCGGCAGACAAUACAUCAACCCAAUUUGAAGUGCAAGCCAAGUAUGUUGGACAGAUGACUGCUUAUCUGUACAGCAACAACAGUGAUAUUCUAAGCUCACAGACUCGAAUCAGAUUUUUGAUCGUCAGGAGCAACAUCCUCACUAUCAUCAACCAGGUUAUUGGGUGGAUCUACUUUCUGGCCUGGUCUAUUUCCUUCUAUCCUCAAGUCUAUGAAAACUGGAAAAGGAAAAGCGUGGUGGGCCUAAACUUCGAUUUCCUCUCACUUAACCUCACGGGUUUUAUUGCAUAUAGCGUCUUCAACGUCGGCCUCUUUUGGAUACCUUACAUAAAGGAGGAAUUUUUGAAGAACAAUCCCAAUGGAAUCAACCCAGUGGAUGCUAAUGACGUGUUCUUCAGUCUGCACGCCGUGGUCCUUACUCUCAUCUACAUCUUCCAGUGUGCAAUAUAUGAGAGAGGAGGUCAGAAGGUAUCAAAGGUGGCUAUUCUUCUCCUGGUGUUUGCUUGGACGUUUGCUUUGAUCACACUUUUUGUUGCUGUGGCUCAGAAGAUCUCAUGGCUGAAUUAUCUUUACUACUUCUCCUACAUUAAACUGGGUAUCACCCUGGUGAAGUACAUCCCUCAGGCUUACAUGAACUACAAAAGACAAAGCACAGAGGGUUGGAGCAUCGGCAAUGUGCUACUGGAUUUCACAGGAGGCAGCUUCAGUCUGUUACAGAUGAUCCUGCAGUCUUAUAACAAUGAUGAGUGGAAGCUUAUAUUCGGAGAUCCGACAAAAUUCGGCCUGGGCCUUUUCUCCAUAUUUUUCGACAUCAUAUUUAUGAUACAGCAUUAUUGCCUAUAUUGUAAAAAAGCUCCGGUAUAUCAGAUACUGGGUGAAGAGGAAUGAGGAAUUUGGCUCGGGAGAAUGUGCCUCACUGAUCUGAUGCCACUGAAGGUGCCUUAGUAGAGUAACCAGGAUUUUUUUAUGAUUUUAAAGUGACUUUGAAGGAUUUUAAAGAAUUGUACAGUAUAACAUUUUAAAGUCAUUCAUGUGUUUUAUAUAAAUAUAUAAAAAGAAUUUGGAAAGCAUUUGCAUAUAGGCUAGUAAAAUUUAAUUGUUGAAAUGUGCUUUUUGUUCUUAAAAGCAACUAACAACUAUUAAAAUACUUUUAAUUCAGCCUCAUUCAAGUUUUACUUGCUAUUUUAAUUAAAUAAAUACAUCACUAGUUGGCAUUAAGACAGAUUGUUCGGGUGUGUGGAUAGAUCAUGACAAUGUGUUUGUACCUCUUUUUUUGGGGGGGUUGGCAAGGCUUUAAUUUGUCUACAGUUACUCUUCUCUCCAUGUGUUAUUACAUUUUACCUCCUCUAUUGCUCCUGACUUCCAUUCUGACCAAGGGCCGUGAGUCUCGCUUGCCCCCUAUAAGACGUAUGCAGUAGCCGUAGACAGGUUCAUAUGGAGAUUCGUAUUGCGCGUGGAGAGUCACGCACCGAUUUCUAUUAUCCAUGUCCCUGUGCAGGCGCCAUGGAUCAGCCAGCAGAGGUCAGAAUUACAGCCGUUUUUUUGGCAUUCUAUUUUCACACAAGCCAAUCAUUGACUGUAUAGGCGCCUGGCCUGACGAUAGGAGAGCUAAGAUUCGAACUAAUGACUUUGAGUCUGUAAAACCACUGUGCCCUUUAGCUUUAGUUUCAUGCUUUGUAUAAAGCUCCUCCCACAGUCCAAAAACAUACAGUCGGACUAAUUGGAGACACUGAAUUUCCUUAUAGGUGAAUGUGUGUAUGUGUGUCUGCUCUGCGAUGGACUGGUGCCCCGUCCAGGGUGUUGGUGUGUGCCUUGCGCCCAUUGAAAGCUGGGAUAGGCUCCAGUACCCCGACCAAGACUUUGUUUAACAGGUUUGGUCUGAUGGAACUUUAGUAACUUGCACAAAGCCUUAACCGUAACACUCUUAGGAUGUCAAAAUGCAUGUAGCUAUAUAGUGUUCCUUAAUAUUGAUGCUGUUAUAUUAGAUUGACCACUUAUCACACUGAUCAAUAACACUUGCUCCAUUUAAAAUCUUAUUCAGCUCGACAGCAUGUUUGGAUUAGGAAUGAAAUGCUGAAUGAGGUAAUGUUACACAAAUACUUUUAUUUAUGGCCAAGUGUGCAUUAUCAGUUUCGAAUAGUGUAAGAGCGAUAAGAUCAUUUUUUGUUAGCGUUUAUUCAUCUGUGUGUAAUCAGUGCUCAUCUGGAAACUGAGUUUUCUGUAUCAGCUGGAAUUGUGAAAUGCUGGUUUGGAUUAAAGAAGGACAUGAGUAAUGGAUUAGCUAUGGCAUCUAGUUUAAUAGGCCGGCCAAUGUAAAACAUGCACAUGUGGAAGAAGAGAAACAGAUGUGCUGCUUUGUGUAUGUGUUUAUUUUCAUGGUUUUUUUACAUUAUAACAUUUGCUGUAAUCUGGUCACAGUGAUGAAUUAAGAUCCAGUGGUAAUGACUGGCAUGAUGUAAAACAGGUAGUGUUGGUUGUACAGCUCACGGCUUCAGAGUUCAAUCUUGGCGUUUAUAUUUACAUUUUCAGCAUUUAGCAGACGCCUUUAUCCAAAGCGACGUACAGUACAGUUACAGUAUACAAUCUGAGCAAUUGAGGUUUAAGGGCCUUGCUCGAGUGCCCAACAGCAGCAACCUGGCAGUGGUGAGGCUUGAACCAGCAACCUUUUGAUUACUAGUCCAGUGUCCUAACCACUAGGCUACGUCUUGCCCAUUGACCAUUGAUAAUUAGAGCCUGUGUGGGUUUUCUUACCUCUAUCAUUUUACAGCAUUUUAUUUGUUUUUACUUAUUGCUUUAUCCUGGUCAGGGUAGCAGUCUGGGCAAGCCAGCAAGUCUUUUACAGACCUGUUUACACAUCUAUGCAAAUAAGGCAGGGAAAGUGUCCAGAGUAUCAAACCCUGGCCCUUGUGACUUGUUUCUUUGUGGCACACACACUACCAUUUCAACUACCGUGUCACCACAAUAUGUAAAUAUGUGACCCCAAAUAGUUUCCUGAUGUGUGUGUAAAUAAAUGGGGUAUUUUGUGAUGGGCUUGUGCAGAAAUAAAGUAAUUAAACAUACAGUAACUAGGCACAGUGGUCCAGCAGCUUCAGGGUCCUUGGGCCACGGGUUCGAUAUUUACCUUCAGCAACUUUUCGUCUUUGCUAGACUGGCUACUUUUAACUGCCUGUAAAUGUAAAAGUGAGGGUGUGUAGAGAAAUCAUAAAUAAUGCACUAAUCUUACAUACAGAUCACAGAAGUGUAAAUGACCUUUGCCAAGGGCACUGACACAGCCCCAUACCAUGACAGACCCUGGCUUUUGGACUUUUUUUGCCAAAAAAGACCUGGAAUGCUGAUUCAUCUGAGCACAAUACACGUGUUUUCUGUGUGAUGGUCCAUCCUAGAUGCCUCUGAGCCCAAAGAAGUUGAUGCCGCUUCUGGACAUGGACGUUUUUUGCACAGUAAAGUUUUAAGUGGCAUUUGUGCAUGUAACUCUGUAUUAUAGUGCUUGACAAAGGUUUGCCAAAGUAAUCCCUCACCCAUGUGGUUAUAUCAGCUAUUGUUGAGUGGCGGUUCUUGAUGCAGUGCCGUUUGAGGGAUCGAAGAUCACGGGUGUUCAGCUUAAGCAUGCUCCUUUGGCCUUUACACACCAAAAUUCCUCCUGAUUCCUUGAAAGGGAGAAAUAUGCAAAUUCCUUCCAAUCUUUCUCUGAGGUACAUUGUUUUUAAACAUUUCAAUUUGUUAAUUUGUUGAUAAACUGGAGAUCCUCUGAUCAUCUUUGCUCAUCAAAGACUCAGCCUUUCCUUGAUGCUUUUGUACCAAACCAUGAUUACAAUCACCUGUUGAUGUCACCUGUUUGGAAUCACAUCAUCAUUUAGUUUUUUCACCUCAUUACUAGCCCUAAAUUACCCCCAUCCCAACUUUUCUUGCAAUGUGUUGCAGGCCUGAAAUGCAGGAAUGGAUGUACUGUAUAUGAACAAAUGAAAUAUCUUGCGUUCAAACUGUCUGCAAUCAAAUAAAAGUCAAAGUAAAUGUAA